AGCACAACUGCAAGCGGUGCGAUACGUUGGCAGCGAAGAUAAGGCCGCACACUUGGCAGUCGCACAAUAACACUGCACGAUGCAAUAAGUUGCUCUCAUGUCCAGCUCGACAAAUUUGCGAUGGGCUUUUGCAAAUUUAAUCGCAGGAGAACAAAGAGCUUAUCGUCCGAAGUUGAUCUUUCUUUUCAAUUAACCAUUCUAUUUUUGACUGGACUUUUUUGCGGAUUUUCUUACUCAGCAUAUUUUUAUAGCGCAUACAUGAGUCCAUUAGAAAUCGAAAGUAAAGUCCAGAAAGCCCCAAACGAAAGUUUAUCACGCCUUGUGCACAAAGCACUGGAUUUGAAUGGAUCGAUAAUAGAACAACUCUUUUACGAGAUGCAGACGCAGCGAAACCAAAAACUUUUUGAUGAAGUGCGAAUUUUGUGUUGGGUUUGCACCUCUGCCAACACAGCCAACAGAUCGGUUCACGUCAAGGCUACGUGGGGACGCCGCUGCAACAAAAUAAUUUUCAUCAGCGAAGUAGAAGACGAUUUUCUUCCGACUAUUAAAGUCGACGCACGUCCAGGAAGGGAUGGUCUCUGGGCAAAAACAGUGCACGCCUUUAACUAUAUUUUUGAUAAUUACAUCAAUGACUAUGACUGGUUUUUGAAGGCUGACGAUGAUUCCUACGUGCUGGUGGAUAACUUGCGAAAAUUGCUUUUGCCGUACGAUCCCAACGACCCAGAUUAUUUUGGCUUUCAUUUUAAAACCAUUGUUCCACGAGGCUACAUGAGUGGAGGAGCUGGUUACGCUCUCAGCAGAGAAGCAGUGAAACGACUAGUGACCAGAGCUUUUGCUGGAGAAAUAACAAAAUGUCCAAACCAAACGGCUGAUGGCUCUGAAGAUGCAGAUUUAGGUAGAUGUUUGGACUACGCUGAGGUUUAUCCAGGAGACUCAAGAGAUGAGAAAGGUCACUUCCGAUUCUACCCAUUUGUUGCUGAGAAUUACGUUCACCCCGACCUGAGUGAAAGAGAAUGGUGGUAUUGGUAUUUCAUCAAGUGGCCGCAUAAAGGGGGAGCUGAUUGCUGCUCUAAACACCCAAUAACGUUUCACUACAUGACUCCGCACCAUUUUUACAUGAUGGAGCACUUAGUAUACAACCAAGUCAUGUUUGGCGUGACUGAUGUUAUGGCUGCUGAAAAUCCUGGACCCGAUAACAUAGAGCAAGCCGAACAAGUGGCUAAAAAACCUACAGUAGGCAGCAAGACGACAACUUCAUCAACUACAAGCCUAACGGAGGCGUUAGUUGAAUCAACUACAGCCAAAAUCUUGACCUCUACAAGUAUUACAGACGAAACUUUUGUGCAACUAAAUCAAACUCUUGCUUUUACCAAAUUAUCAAAAAGAAUAAUUUAACCAGUGGCUAUUGAGACGAGCUCUGCAUUAUCUAGCGAGUCCCUGCCAGUUGUUAACAGCACACUAUUCAACAAUUCCAAUAAUAGGGCAAACAAGAGCGUAAAAACCAAUGUGGUCAAUAAGAAAAGAACAAAACUAUAAAAUUAUUGAAAUUCAUUUCAUGAUUUGGGUCUUAUAACAUCCUUAAGCGACAUUGAUGCCAAAAAAGAAGGUUGUGUGAUGGUUUGAAUAAACAAGCAUUAUUUUCAUAUUGUC